GCUACACACACUCAAGAGGGACCGGAUCCUGAAUUAGAUACUUAGAUAACCUAGCUAUCUACUAGGAUUAUACCAUCAUAGAACAAGAAUAAGUAACGACACUGAUCUCUGGCGUCAAUAGGAGUUGAAUUAGAGUGAACAAGGAAGUGACAUUCAUGGAUUCACAGGAUCAGACGACUUCUUUACAGCGACUGCAGAAUGUGGAAAAGAGGAUUGUGAAGGUUUUGGAGCUUGCUGGAGGAAUGAUGGAUGAGCUUGCAAGCACAACUGGUCCUAGGAAAGACAUGGUCCAAAACAAUUGCCUUGAAUUCAUGCAAUCAAUCAAGGACAUCCAAGUGUCAUUGCAUGAUGAAAUCAGAAGUGCUUGUGAGUAUCGUCCAUUUGAGAAAUGUGACUACGGUUCAAGAACAGCCAAUGAGAUAUGUUACAGGAAAGUGGAAUUUAUUUUAUCACAGUUUGAUGGAAUGAAACAGACUAUAGAUGACUAUCAUACAAUAGUCUGAAAAUAAUGUUGCUAUAGUUCCAAUGAAAUCUCUGAACCUCCUAAUUCUGGUGACUCAAUAUCCAACUAUUGUGGCCUCUGUAGUUUGAGUCUGGUAUUCAUACCUUUUGUUGUAUGGUUCCAGGUGAGGUGAGGGACAUUGAGGUGUUAUUUGUUUAGGAAAUUGAUGAAUUGCAAUAUGUCCAUUAUGGUCACAAUUUUGGUUUCUGUUGAAUCAUAUUCUUGUGAUGUCUGUGCAUUAGAUCCUUGUCAGUACUUAACAGGAAACAAUUUUUUCUUGA